AUGUCCGUUAAAGUGCCAGCUGAAGAUGUUGCCGCUCAAUCAAAAUUGAAUCAAGAACAAGCGCAAGCUUACAAUACCAUUCUUGAAAGGGUCAACUCAGAAACACCGGGGUUAUUCUUUGAGGAUGGGCCUGGGGGAACCGGAAAAACAUUUAUAUAUCGUGCGUUACUAGGAAAGGUUAGAUCAGAAGGUAUGAUAGAAUUAGCAUCUGCAACCAGUGGUGUAGCAGCAGCAAUAUUGCUUGGAGGUCAUACGACACAGUCAAGAUUUGGCAUACCACUACAAGCUGAUGAGACAACAAUGACAAAUAUGUCAAAACAAGGUGGGGGAGCUAAACUAAUUAGACAAGAAAAAUCAAUAAUAUUGGACGAAGCACCCAUGGCUAAGAGACACACAAUUGAAACAGUCGACAGAAGCUUUCGCGAUAUAAUGGAUAGCGACAUACCUUUGGGAGGGAAAGUCAUGGUAUUUAGAGGGGACUUUCAUCAAGUUUUGCAUAUUGUACCAAAAUCUACACGCGCGGAGACGGUAAAUGCAAGUUUGGUUAGGUCGUAUUUGUGGCCUUUAAUGGAAAAGAUUCAACUAUCAACAAAUAUGCGAGCAAGAGUAGAUACAAGUUUUACUAACUUUUUUCUUCUAGUUGGAAAUGGGGAAGAAACCACAAUAAAGGAUAAUUUAAUAGCACUUCCAGAACAAAUGACUGUACAAUAA